ACAGAAGUAGAGGUUUAUAGGAGAGACAGCCGCAAAUUGCCUAUUGGAGAUCCUGAUAUUGACUGGGAAGAAACUGUCUACCUUAACCUCAUCAUUCACCAGUUUGACUACACCCUUACACUGGCUGUUUGUACACGCACCAGCCCUAAAGACCUUCAAGUUCUCCGUCGACAUUCACAGAAAGUUUAUGCAAGUCCUAGCCGGCGCCGAAUGGACACAAAAGGAGAAGUUGAAGAGAUAACCUACCCUAAUGUUUGCUUUCAUGUUGAUAAUUUUGAUGAGGUUUUUGCUGAUAUGCUAGUCCGUGAUGGAGAGAUGGUGUGUGUAGAACUGGUGGCUUCCGAUCAUGCCGGCACCCGUCAAGCUGUAAUCUUCUUAGGUUCUAUUAGAUAUGAUGCUCUUAAGCGUGUCUACGAUGCUCGGGCAAGCUUAAGCAGCAAGGUGGCGCAGAGAAUGAUGAUGGGAUUAUUUGCUGGAAACAGUAAUCAAAGAAUAGAGUUUGUGCGUAUGAAGGGACCUCAGGGAAAGGGACAUGCGGAGAUGGCUGUGACCAAACCAAAAGGUUCCGGUGUGGAGACACCAACAUCAGAGCCCGGUGUGAGUUUAACUGACAUGUGGGACUGUGACUGGGAAGAUGAGCCUGAAGAUAGGUUUAUUUACCGUCACCAGCGCCGCCUCAGUGACCCCAGUGCCAACUUCAACACUUUUAUAAACUCCGGUUGGAAGUCCCGCUCAGAGGGAGCCAGGUCACGCUCAGAAAAUGAAGGAUUAGAUUACUUUGCAGACGGAUUGUAUGAAAUUGAGUCAGGGGACGUGAGAGAUGCGGUGUGUAGUGGUAGAUGUUGUUCAGUGGUAGCAUGCAACACAAUUCGAGAAGAGGAGGAAAUGCCACAGGAAGUGCAGUGUGCCAAAUGCCGUCAUUUCCAUGGGGACCAGCCAGUGGGGUCUGGCCCCCCAGUAGAAGCUAGCAAAAAGUCCACUCAGAGCUUAGACUUACCUGGUCUAAUGCCUGAGUGCGAUUCCCCACCCCUCGAGCCGUCCUUGUGUCGUCCUCCCACCCCUGAGUCUCCUCAUGAGGCCAGUCCCCUUCUGGCCUGUUCUUACUCAGAAUCACCCAGUUUAACAGAGAAACAUUUUAGUAGUCAGGCCAUAGCUGAUGUACAAAACAAGACUUCUGCUCUUAGUGAAUUAGAAAUUGCAGUGGCAUAUAAUGAGAGUGCAACAACACAUACAGAUACCAUAAUAAAAUCUGUUGAUGCACCUGUGGUGUUUGACUCUGGGGGGCAGGGUAAAGAAGUACCUGAAGACACUCCUAAGGAAGAUGUUUUUGUGCUAAUUGAGUCAAAAGUGAGAACUGAUAUAGGUUGUGAUACAUUUAAUGAAACUUCAUUUAUUAGUAAAAGCAUUCAAGAUCAGAUAUGUAAGGCAAACCAGUCAAGUGGUGAGCCUUGUUCUCCUAAUGCUGAGCCUUGGAUAUCUCCUCCAAGUCCUGUAAAGUCUCUUACUAAGAAACCAGGCGGUGCCCACAGAGUCCACCCAACACCAACUACCGAGUCCAGUAACACAUCAGAACAUUCUGCUUCCUACAAUGUUUUAAGUGAUUCUGAGGUUUUGAACAUCCCAUCUAGAGUUGAUCCCAUCCCGUCCAUUUGCCAAUUGCAUGCUGAGUCUUGUGAUGAAGAAGCAAGAGAAUGUGUUAAUAAAAUUAAACCUCCACUAGAAAAGUCUCUCUCUGUUGAUUCAGCUAAAAUGACUUCCAUGAAAUCUAAAAUGGAAUUGGAGUCAACAUCAGAGUCUUUAACAGCCCUAAACCUGAGCCCUGUCAAGAGAAAAAGAAGAAAAAUCUCGGUGCCAUAUAGAAUAACUCCAGAUGGCACUAAAGUUAACUUUCUCUGCGAUGUCAAACUUGAUGAUGGUGCAUAUAAUCCAUUAUGGACAACAAAAGGUUUUACACAGACAUUCCACUUCUGGAAGGAGUCACGUCGAGCCCAGUCUGUUCCUCUUAAUGCAUACCUCACUUAUGUUACAUUGCCAUGGUUCACCAUCAUCACAGGUAAUUAUUGUACUAUAACUAAUUUCAUUUUUAACAUACCUCUCAUUUUACCAGAGGCACACUGAUACUACAGUUCAAAUGCCCCUCCAAACUGCAGAUGUCCCCACCCCUUAUUUAGAGUGCAGCCAUU